CCAAAAUGGCAUAUCAGGAAGAAUACGCUAAUUCAAUCGCAGAUUACGUUAAGUAAUGUGCAUUAAGUCAUUUUAGAGCAACAGAAAAUUAGUCAACAGUCGGUGGUUAUAUUUGCAUGUUUUGUUAAAAAGUUUGGAUUUCAGUAAACAAAUAAAGGCAAUACAGAGGACAAACAGGCACAACGAUUUUUGAACGAAAAUCGUAUACCACUUUAAGAAGAAAGAUGAGUUUAUAUUAUACAAAUUAAGCGCUCCAUCUGCCGGACAAUGUAUGACGAAAACGAGGACUUCUCUGACGUUGAAGAAAUUGCAAAUGUCAGGGGUUUCAAUUUGGAGGAGAAACUUGUUAGUGACUCAUACAACACACAUUUCGUUCAGUUGAUGGAUGGCAAAGAUUUCACUUAUGAGUAUGUUCAGAGAGAGGCACUUCAGACCCCUCUUAUUUUCAAAGCCAAAGAUGGACUGGGAAUCAGAAUGCCAGACCCGGAGUUCACCGUCAGUGAGAUUAAAGGUUUGGUUGGUAGCCGUCGUGCCGUUGAUGUGAUGGAUGUGAGCACCCAGAAAGGCUCUGAGAUGAGCAUGGCCCAGUUUGUCCGCUACUAUGAGACACCUGAGGAAGAGAGGGACAAACUCUUCAAUGUUAUCAGCCUAGAGUUCAGCCACACCAAACUGGAGAACCUCAUCAAGAGGCCCACUGUGGUGGAUUUAGUGGACUGGGUGGACAACAUGUGGCCCCUAAAACUGAAACGAAGACAAACCGAAGCCACUAAUGUCAUCUCAGAGAUGAAGUACCCCAAAGUACAGAAGUACUGUUUGAUGAGCGUGAAGGGCUGCUAUACUGACUUCCACAUUGAUUUCGGGGGCACGUCUGUGUGGUAUCACGUUUUCAAGGGAGGGAAGGUGUUCUGGCUGGUGCCUCCGACGCCUCAUAACCUUGCCCUGUAUGAGGACUGGGUUCUGUCAGGCAAGCAGAGUGACAUCUUCCUGGGAGACCGUGCAGAUGGCUGCCAGAGGGUGGAGCUGAAACAGGGCUACACCUUCUUCAUCCCCUCUGGCUGGAUUCAUGCAGUCUACACCCCUGAGGACACGCUGGUGUUUGGAGGCAACAUUCUGCACAGCUUUAACAUUCCCAUGCAACUCUCCAUCUAUGAGAUAGAGAAUAGGACUAAGGUUCAUUCCAAGUUCCGCUACCCAUUCUACCAUGAGAUGUGCUGGUAUGUCCUGGAGAGGUACGUGCACUGCCUGACCAAGCGCUCCCAUCUCACUCCGGAGUUCCGCAGAGAGCCUCUGCUAAUCGACUUGGAAACUAAGCUGAGCACAGAGAGCCCCUCCUCUGACUCCCGGAGUCAGGACAUGGACGAGGAGGACUCCUGCGAGACGCAGCAGGGACGGGAUGAACAGGGUGACAGGUCAGCAUUUGAUGAUCCCUGCUCUCCUGAUAACAGGAAGGGUAAAUCCAGCGGCCUUCGACACCUCAAAGCUGCCUUGUCCAAUGAUUCUGAGGACAGCUGCAUCCCCACCUCCACCCAGCCUCCAGAGUUCCCCAAAACCCCCUUUGGCUCACCAGUCUCAGAGUCUCUGAGUAAAUGGACUCAUCUGACUGAGUUUGAACUGAAGGGCCUCAAGGCCCUUGUGGAGAAACUGGAAGCCCUCCCUGAAAAUAAGAAGGGUGUUCCAGAUGGCAUCAAGGACCCCCAGGCCCUGCUGGAGGACAUGAAGGUUGUCUUGAAGGAACAUGAAGAUGAUGACCCCAAAAUGGCUGCCAGUGGAGUACCUGUGGUGUUCUGGCCCAAGAAGUCUGCCAAGCAGCAGCGGCCUCCCAACAGACCCAAACCCAAAAUGGCGGCCUCGUCUCCUGCGGCGGCGGUCAAGCUGUCGGCCAGCCGGAGCACGUCUGGCGCCAGGAGGAGAAGGACGCGUUGUCGGAAGUGUGAGGCUUGCCUGAGGACAGAGUGUGGAGAAUGCCACUUCUGUAAAGACAUGAAGAAGUUCGGAGGACCAGGUCGCAUGAAACAGUCCUGCAUCAUGAGGCAGUGUAUAGCGCCUGUACUGCCCCACACAGCGGUGUGUCUGGUGUGUGGAGAGGCAGGGAAGGAGGACACAGUGGAGGAAGAGGAGGACAAGUUUAACCGCAUGCUCAUGGAGUGCUCCAUCUGCAAUGAGAUAGUCCAUCCUCUCUGCCUCAAGGUGAAAGAUUCUGGUGGAGUUGUAAAUGACGAGUUGCCAAACUGCUGGGAGUGUCCAAAAUGCAACCAUUCAGGGAAGACAGGGAAACAAAAAAGAGGACCAGGGUUCAAGUACGCGUCCAACCUUCCCGGGUCGCUGCUGAAGGACUCACGAUUGAACCGUGACAUCAAGGAAGAGCCCGACCCGCCCAGUCUGCCAACAUCACCCACUGGGACCACGGCAACCGUAGCCACAGUGAAGAGAAAGGCGGAGCGUGAUGACACCCCCAAAACGAAAGCAGAGGAAUCUCCUCCUCUGAAGAAACGUUCUCCCAUGCUGUCUCUGGGCGGGCUGCCCCGACCCAGGCCUGAGGACAACCCUCUGAGGAAGAAGAGGAUGCUGUUCGACAUCAAAGAUGAGGACGAGCCUCCUGUUGUCAAGAAAAAGAAGAAGCCCCCAAAACCUGAUGACCUUUUGAUCCCCAAGCUGUUAAAGACCAUCAAGCAAGAGCAAGUAGAUGAGGACGACGAACACAAAGACCAUGAAGAUGAAGAGGAGGACAGAUGCACAGGGGACAGGGUUGUAACUAAAGGGAAAAGAGAAGAGGAGGAAGAGGAUGGAGAUGAGGAGGAGGAGAAAGAUGGUGGUGUAGAGGACAGUAAAGACGGUACAGUAAAGACUAUGCUGAGUCCACUGCUACGGACGUCUAGAGCCAGAGAGAGUGACCAGUCCUGCUCCAGCUCUCCCCGGGCAGGGCCCAGCAGUGUAGGGUGCGAUGCCCCAGAGAAGACACCUGGCCAGCUGAAGGCACGCAAGCGCCGCCGCCUCCCCAACAAAGAGCUGAGCAAGGAGCUGAGCAAAGAGCUCAAUCUGGAGAUUCAGAAGACCGAGGACUGCCUGGCCAAUCAGAACCGCAGACCACUGAAGAGGGAGGACAGCCCAGCCAAUAACAGCCGUCGACCCUUGAAAACUGAGGACACCUCGACCAAUCCGAACCGCAGACCACCAAAAACAGAGGACUCUCCUGCCAAUCAUAACCGCAGGCCAAUUAAGACUGAGGAUGGUCUAUCCAAUCACAACCGCCGGCCAUUGAGGACUGAGGACUGCUUAGUCAAUCAGAACCACAGGCCAAUGAAGACAGAGCCUGAGAGCGACGGGGAGGAGCCUAAGCCCAAGCGGCCACUCAACAACUGCACCAGUGACCUUGGAGACUGGCUCCACCCCAGGGGGCGGGAAUUAAACGGGACGCCCCGCCAGCUCUCGCCACUGGGGUGGAAUCGCAGCCCUCCGAUCACACCUAUUUGCCCACGCCCUCCUCCCUGCCGCUCACCACCCAAAUGUGUCCAGAUGGAGCGUCACGUGAUCCGGCCGCCUCCCAUCAGCCCCCCGCCAGACAGACUGCCCCUGGAAGACGGACAGACCCACAUGAUGCACAGGGAGGUGUGGAUGGCCGUGUUCGGGCACCUCGCACACAGAGACCUUUGUGUCUGCAUGCGCGUCUGCAAAACCUGGAACAGAUGGUGCUGUGAUAAGAGGCUGUGGACGCGGAUCGAUCUGAACCGCUGUAAGUCCAUCACUCCCCUCAUGCUGAGUGGCAUCAUCCGCAGACAGCCUGUGGCUCUGGACCUCAGCUGGACCAACAUCUCCAAGAAGCAGCUCAGCUGGCUCAUCAACAGGCUGCCAGGUCUGCGGAUGCUGCUGCUCUCAGGCUGCUCCUGGGUGGCUGUGUCUGCCCUCUGCACCGCCAGCUGCCCGCUGCUGAGGACCCUAGAUGUCCAGUGGGUAGAGGGGCUCAAAGACGCCCAGAUGAGGGACCUACUCUCACCCCCCACAGACAACAGACCAGGUCAGCUGGACAACAGGAGUAAGCUGCGGAAUGUGGUGGACCUGCGUCUGGCCGGGCUGGACAUCACAGACACCUCCCUGCGCCUCCUCAUCCGCUACACGCCCCAGCUGACCAGGCUGGACUUGAGCUACUGCAACCACGUCACUGACCAGUCGGUCAACAUCCUGACCACUGCUGGGACCACCACCAGAGACUCGCUCACUGACAUCAACCUCUCUGUGUGCAACAGAGUCACGGACCAGUCGCUGGCCUACUUCAAGCGCUGUGGAAGCAUCUGUCACAUUGACUUGCGCUACUGCAAGCAGGUGACCAAGGAGGGCUGUGAGCGGUUCGUUGCUGAGAUGUCAGUGAGUGUACAGUUUGGACUUGUAGAGGAGAAACUACUGCAGAAACUCUGCUAGCGGGUGAGAGAGACUGCGCUGUAUGCACUCGCUAGUUAGGACACUCUUCAGAAUAAGGAACCGUCAAGGGUGGCGUCAUCGCCAUGGAGAAAGUGUUGCAUUUGACAGAGGACAUUUUUACAAGUGACCGUGGCUCUGAUACUCAUUGAAUGCCUCUUGUGCUGCUGAAACAAUCAUGUUUUCCAAAACAGGAUCUUCAACAUGUAAAAGGCCACCUGGUAUUACUGGACAUUUGACAAAGCAUGUCCCCCCCCCCCCCCCCCCGUUUUGUCUAUGCCAAGAUAUUUAAGUUAUUUUUUUAUUUCUGCAAAUGAACAGGCAGUGUAUGUUCACAACGGUGAAGUUUGACUUCUUUUGUUUAGUAUGUACUGUUGUUGCAGUGCACAGUUUAUGCAUUACACAUCAAUAUUUUUGUAUCAGAAAGUGUUUCAUACUUUUAUGUGCAGGGUUGAAUGCACUGAUUUACAGUACCAUUUUUGAUGGACAGUAUUCAAUCUGUCUCUUGUUUUUUUAUUCUUUAGACUGUAGAUUUAUGCCAAGAGCGGUAGCUCGUUUUCUGUACGGCUGUUUUAUAUGUCAUUUAUUUAAGUGCUGAGGUUCAUUUUUACACGUGUAAUUGUCUGUACAGUUCACAGAUACGUUCUCCUUUUCAUGUUUUACUCAACUUAAAUUUCGAAAUAUUUAGAAAAAAAAUCUAUUUGUACUGUUUGACAAAUAAAUAUUACUGUCCUUUCCAAGGUUUAUCAAGUCCGUAUGAGUAAGGCACCAGUGACUGUUUGUAAGAGGAAGCAUCAUAAGCCUGAUUUAAAGUCUACUACUGCAGACCAAGAAUCUGUCCGUCUUCAUAUACCAGGCCGGUGUGACAUUAUCAUGCUCUGUGUUGUUUUUCUCACAAGGGAUUCCCACACCUAUGGAUGCAAGUUUUAAGUAGACACUUGCUUUUGAAUAAAAACCAAUACAGUAUGUACACUGAGUGUACAAAACAUUAGGAACACCCUCAGAACAGCCUUAGUUUGUCAGGCCAUGGACUCUACGAGCUGUCGAACGCGUUUCACAGGGGUGCUGGCCUAUGUUUUCUCUCAAAUGCUCCCCACAGUUGUGUGAAGUUGGCUGGAUGUUCUUUGGCUGGUGGACCAUUCUUGAUACACACUGGAAACUGGCGUGUGAAAAACCCAGCGCCGUUGCAGUUCUUGACACUCGAACCGGUGCGCCUGGCACCUACUACCAUACCCUGUUCAAAGUAUAGAUGGCUGGCGGCACUUUAAAUGGGGAGGACGGGGCUCAUAGUAAUGGCUGGAACGGAUUAAAUGGAAUGGUAUCAAACAUGAUUCCCAUGUGUUUGAUAGCCAUUCCAUUGACUCCUCCCCGCCCAAGCCUCCUGUGGUUUAAAGGCACUAAAUCUUUUGUCUUGCCCAUUCACCCUCUGUAUGGCACACACACACACGUGUCGAUUGUUUCAAGGCUUAAAAAUCCUUCUUUAACCUGUCUCCUCCCUUCAUCUACACUAAUUGAAGUGGAUUUAAGAAGUGACAUCAAUAAGGGAUCAUAGCUUUCACCUGUAUUCACCUGGUCAGUCUGUUUUGGAGAAGAGCAGGAGUUACUAAUGUUUUGUACAUUCAGUGUAUAUGAUCUACUGGGGUACUGUACGGUCAGUGUCUGACAGGUAACUAACUACUUUAUAUUAUACCUUAAUUACACUGGUCGUAAGUAGUGGCUUUUUUUGUGUAUGCAGGCUAUUAUUAGACUAUAUACACUGAGUGUAUAAAAAAAGGGUAUGUACAGGAAAUGACAAAAGUAUGACUACUAGGGGCUCCUAAUUUAUGUUUUGAUUAGACCUGUCCACAUACAAAAAGGAGAUUUAACUACCAAUCACCAUGUAUUCCCUGUGUGGUUGGGAAAUGUAUUAGUAUAUAAUUGGUUCAACUGUAUAUACUGUAAAUAUUCCACUUAGAGAAACUAGUUUGUGACUUUUGAGUUAUUAAAAACUCAUCCUAAAUACCGAGCUCUCUAUUUUUGGUCACUUUUCCCCCCACAAUCGUCUUAAUUUAUCUUUUUGUUCAUAACCAGUCUGUGCAAUAUGUAAACAAAACAUGUGUGAAAUAUGUUUAAAAUGUCAUACAUUGGAGUAUCUAUGAAUGUUUUUUAGGUUCUGAAAUAAAUACCUUAAACAUCAAA